UUAGCUAAUUAAAAAUAGUGUUACACAACGUCCCAUAAAUGGCGGAGGAAUGUUAGUGUAACCAGCCAACCCUAGCCCAAGAAAAAUGAAGAAUUAUCAUCACAGUUUGUGUUCUCUGAUUCUCCUACUUCACCUCACAGCCUCAUACCCAGCUGGAGAACACCAGGCUUAUAUCGUCUACCUCGGACGCCACAUUGGGCUGAAAACUACGCAAGAAAUUGAAGACGCUCACCACUCGUAUCUGCUCUCUGUAAAGGCUACGGAAGAUGAAGCCAAAGCGUCUCUUAUUUACAGCUACAAGAAAGUAAUCAAUGGCUUCUCUGCAUUGCUCACGUCUGAUGAAGCGGCCAAGUUAUCAGAAAUGGAGGAAGUGGUUUCUGUAUUUCCUGGACGCUCAAGAUCGGUUCAGACUACAAGAUCGUGGGGUUUUGUAAGCUUACUGGCGGGGGGAGGCCACUCCACCCACUCUCUUCAAGAACUUUGGGCUAAAGCCGGUUAUGGGAAAGAUAUCAUUGUUGGUGUCUUGGACACUGGUAUAUGGCCUGAAUCUCAGAGUUUCAAUGACAAGGGGAUGGAACCCAUUCCAAAGUCAUGGAGAGGAAAAUGUGUAAGCGGUGUUGGUUUUAACACAUCUAAUUGUAAUCGGAAGAUAAUUGGAGCUAGGUACUAUUCGAAGGGAUUCGAAGCAGCUAAAGGUCCAUUUAAGCACCAGGAGAACUACUUAUCACCAAGGGACAAGAAUGGACAUGGAACUCACACAGCAUCCACAAUUGGAGGCCGUAUUCUACCAAACACUUCAGUUCCCGGUGGUUUUGCCAUCGGAGUAGCCACCGGAGGGGCUCCACAUGCCCGCCUCGCCAUAUACAAAGUUUGCUGGAACAUCCCAGGCUCGUUUGGAUCCAUAGGCACCACCUGUCGAGAUGAAGACAUACUUGCUGCCAUGGACGAUGCCAUUACAGAUGGUGUGCAAGUGAUCAGCAUAUCCAUCGGUGGAGGCAGUGCCUUCCCAUAUGACGAAGAUGGAACUGCAGCGGGAGCACUGAAUGCCGUGGAGCAUAACAUUGUGGUGGUUUGCAGUGCAGGAAAUUCUGGCCCUACCCGUUCAACAGUCACUAAUGUGGCUCCCUGGAUCCUCACUGUCGCGGCAAGCAGCAUCGACCGAGUUUUUCCAUCGGCUGUUGAGCUUGGAAACGGCAUGACAAUCAAGGGACAAACAAUAACGUCUUUUACGAAACAGAAGAAGAGCAGAUUGAUUUUCGCAGGAGAUGCAGAAAUCCAUGGCAAAACAACAAAUAAAUCAACUGGAUACUGCCUUCCUGGAACCCUCUCACCUCAAAAAGUGAAAGGAAAAGUGGUGAUUUGCAACGGAGGGGUCAGUGCAAAUAGUUUGGAGGUGAAAAGAGCUGGAGGUUUAGCUGUGAUCGAAAUAAACACUGAAAAAGGAAUGGGAAUAGAUGUUCAAUCUCACGUACUUCCAGGAACAACUAUAUAUCAAAAAGAUUCACAUGGAAUUCUUAAUUAUGCAAGAAUGGAUAAGAAUCCAAUGGCAAAACUUGUUCCAGGCAAGACUGUUUUACAUUCCAAGCCCGCGCCAUUCAUGGCUGCCUUUUCCUCCUUAGGCCCAAGUCUCGUCCAGCCUAACAUUCUCAAGCCUGACAUUACUGCACCGGGACAAAAUAUCUUGGCAGCAUGGAGUGAGGCAGCCUCUCUCUCAGGUGUGGAAGGUGAUAAUCGGGUGGCUAAGUACCACAUCAUAUCAGGAACUUCCAUGGCUUGCCCACAUGUCUCAGCUGUGGCUGCACUUCUCAAAGCCAUACACCCUAAUUGGAGUAGCGCUGCUAUAAGAUCUGCUAUCAUGACCACAGCGACAUUGGAGAACAACGUUGGCAAACCAAUCACAGACGCUACUGGAAAACAGGCGAACCCCUUUAAUUAUGGGUCAGGCCAUUUUCAACCAAGUAAAGCUGCAGACCCUGGCCUUGUUUAUGAUGCCACAUACAAUGACUACAUUGCCUUCCUCUGCAGCAGUGGGUACAGUUCUAAAAUUUCACUUCCCUGCCCAAGGAACCCUCCCUCCCCAAAUGAUCUCAAUUAUCCAUCAGUUUCAAUUUCCAAUCUCAAUGGAAGCAUGACUGUCACGAGGAUUGUCACAAACGUUGGCAGAAGUAAGAGUGUCUACUCUCUAACUGUUGAGUCACCAAUGGGGUAUUCAGUUGAGAUAAUACCAAGAACCUUAUCCUUUAGUCAAUUGAUGGAGAAGAAAAAGUUUUUAAUUACAAUCGCAAAAAAAGGCCAUGUUGGAAAAAAUAUUAAGAAAGGGGAGUAUGCAUUUGGUUGGUAUAUGUGGAGCGAUGGGAUUUAUACUGUCAGAAGUCCAAUUGCUGUAGCUUCAGCAUAAUUUGCUACCGUGGGGCAAAUAAAAAUAAAUAAGUCAUAAUAAUUGAAGACGCUUGUUCUUCUA